CCGAUUCUGCUCUUCUUCUCCUUUCUUCCCGCUGCAGCCCAAAAAAAAACGAAACCCAACCAUGCCUUGAGGAAACCGGUAGAGAGCUUGAUUCUUCCCUUCUUUCUUGUCCAAGAACCUGAUUUGGAACCCAGAAAUCUUUCCCCCUUGCUGGAAAUUCCAGAUUUGCCUUGCUCUGCUUGUCUUCACCGUCGGCUGCUAGUGGGUAUGGGUGAUUUCUGGGCAUUUUUUCGCCCGAGAGUUUCCCUGCAGAUUGCCGCCGGCUUCUCCCCCUGCCAAGUCCGGUUUUUGGCUGCUAAAUUCUGGAAAUAGCAUCGGGAUUAUGAGUGAUCUUAAUGAUAAUUUCAGUGUGAAUUUGUGAUAGUUCGUAUUAAUUCUGAGGUGUUUUGAUUAGAUUCCCGAUCGUUAUGUCAGUUAGCAUUGAGGUUGAGUGCUUGGUUUUAUGCGAGUGAGGUAAGUGAAUUAUGGUAAUGCCCUCUGAUUUUAAAAUCAUGUUUUGAUUUGUUUUUGAAGUGGUGGCGGGACUAAACCCGUUUUAUACAAAAAUGAGCAUGAUUGAUUUGAAGUGAGAUUUUUAUGCUUUUCAUUAAAUUGAGUAUGCCUACUUGAAAUUUAAGUGAUUGUCCUGAUGAUUUGAAAGUGAUUGGUGAAUUGUGAUUUUUUUGUUAACUUCUGCCUGUUUUGUCUCCGAUGUGGUCAUGUUAUUAGUGACCCUGCUAGUGGGGGAGUUUAUAAAUGCUAGCACAUGUCGACAUGUAUUUCUGUAGAGCCGGUUCCUUCUACCAAUGGGAGUUGUUAAACACUGGUAUUUCAGUGACCCUGCUAGUGGGGAUUAUACACCAGCAAAUCGUGUGCUUGCCAGUGGGAGGUUUAUAACACUGGCCGUGACCUAUAGAGGAGACGUCUAUUUCGUUCUCGUACUGUAUCCGUUUUACGUGAUUGCACAUGUUGGCAUGCUAUAAGUUUAAUAAGGGGCACUCCAUAUUUACUUACUGAGUUUAUCUCAUAGUUUUUCCUUGUCCACCAUUUCAGGAAGUGAAAUCGAGGACGGGGAAACCACGGGAAGUGACGAGUUAGAAGGCUAGCCAUAUUGUAAUUGAACAUAGAUUUAGAAACAAAUCAUGAUCUUGUAUUUGGAGACUUUAUUGGAGAUUUAUGAUAUUAGAGCAAAUUAUAAGAUUUGAUCUUCAUAUUUUGAUGGUAUCAGAUUAUGAUAUGAUAAGUUUCGAGACUUGUGCAUUUGUGGGACCCUCUCACGAGUGUACGGUGUCUGCCACGUCCUCGGAUUUGGGUUCUGGGGCGUGACAAAAGCAGCAACAUUGGGAUAAGAAAAGCAAAAGUACUUUUUGGGUGAGAAUGAAGAAGAAAAGAGACCAAAAGAAGGAGAUGGAAGUGAUGACAACAAAUUGGAAUAGAGGAGAUUGGCAGAUGGAGAAGAAGAGAAUAAGGUAAAAAAACGGAUUUGUGUUAUAAAUGAGGAGGUAUAUA